AAGACCUCCCAGUGCAGCACCACCGCCAUGGAGACGCUGCUCGUGGACCUGGCCUGGCUCGGCCUGGCCGUCGGCUUCUACGUGUCCGAGGUCGACCGACUGCUCUCGACGCCGCCAGAGAUGCACGUGCUCUGCGACUUCCUGGACUCGUUUUUGGACAAGAUGGGGGAGAGGACCUCUUUCGGCAUGGACAAAGUUGCUUUCCUACACCCGCCGACAGAGGGAAAGCGCAUUCAUGAACUCCAACAACUCCUGGAUGACCACGUGGAAGACCUGAGACAUACCCUAGAAGACAUUUUGAGUCUCCUCCAUCCGGACAGCUGGGAGUACGGUUUAACUAAUAGUCUUUUCCAAUUCUCGAUUUGGGUUCACGUUAAUAAGAAAUUUGUCCCAUGGCGCCCAUGGUUGCAAUGACGUGGUCAACUAUUCUUGAGCAUGUGAUGUGUUUUAUUUAACGUCCACCCGCGUCCACCAAAUGUUGUCAGCACGACUGUCAUAU